AUGGCGUACUAUCCUUCUCGCGUCGGAGAAACCCCUAUCGAGACGGUUGACAUCUCCCUUUUUAUCACCGAGACUAGCGAUUCCCUCGCUGAUUUGGAACGUCUCAGAUCUGGACAGGCUCUUGUCAGGGCUCUCCAUAACCUAGGUUUUGUCAAAGUUGCGGGCCAUGGGAUUGAAAAACAUGAAAUUGAAACGGCUUUUGCUUGGACUAAGAAGCUUUUCGACCUGCCGUAUGAAGACAAGAUGAGAGCCCCCCACCCUCCUAGUUCCAUGCCUCAUCGAGGUUACUCAGGCAUUGGCAAGGAGAAAGUUUAUUCCCCUGCAGACGUGGAGGCAAAUGGCGCGGUCGCCAAUCCUGCCAAAGCAUUACGAAAGAUUUCCGACUUCAAGGAGAGUUAUGAAAUAGGAAGUGAGGAUGAUCCCGUGCAGCAGAACAUAUGGCUACCCGAUGAUAUACUCCCCGACUUCAGGCGUCGUAUGGCAGACCUCUACAAGAGGAUGUGCGGUGUGAGCGAGGCCUUGCUUCAGGCUAUUUGUGUUGGCUUAGGCCUUAACGAUGAAGAACGUACCGCACUUGAUAGGCUGAUCUCGUAUCGCCACUGCCAAUUGCGCUUAUUGCAUUACCCUGCUAUUAGCAAAGACAGGUUACAGAAUGACUUAAUAGCACGCCUACCAUCCCACACUGACUGGGGAACGUUCACGAUCCUGUUCCAAGACGGUGGCGGGGGACUAGAACUAAAGAACCCCCAAUCACAAGAAUACCUUCAUGCGGAACCUGAAGAUGAAACAAUCAUAUUGAAUAUUGGUGACAUGCUUCAACGCUUUACUAAUGACUAUUUUAUCUCUGCUUCACAUCGAGUAUCAAUUCCCAAGGCUGAUAGAGUACCAGAGACGGGUAUUCCCGCUCGCUACUCUAUUCCCUUCUUUACUACUCCUGACUUCACUCACGUUGUAGAAACUCUACCACGUUUCGUUACAACUGAAACCCCCUGCAAGUAUGAGCCAGUCAGGUUUGAUGAAUACGGUGCAUCCGUUAGCAAAUAUCAGUACGAAGGAAACGAUUCGUAA